AUGCCCAAACAGCUCGAGAAUGAGAUGGAGGUUGCGGGCGUUGACGUGCUGGUUGUAGACCAGAACACGGACAACAUCGAGCGUGCGGAUAUUUACAACUGGCUUCGUCAGUCGAUUACAUCCAACGGCGGCUCGAUCGGCUUGGAUUGUGAAGGUACUGACGGCCACAAAGGGUACUUUGGACCCUUGAUGGUGCAGGUGGCUUCGCAAACCAUUGCGGUGGUCGAGGUGCCCACGGCUCCUGGAAAAUAUUCCCAGCAGCUGCGGGAGCUUUUGGCUGAUGAAGGCAUCCAGAAGAUCGUUUGCCAAGGGAAGGACGACAUCUUGUCGCUGAGCAGAUGCCGCCCUUCCAUAGAAGUGCUUGGCCCAGUGGUAGAUCUCAAGGACAUGACGAGACUCCCAAAGAAUCCAAUGCCGGGUCUUGCGACCAUCUUGACUGAAGGUGAUCCUCAACGCGAGCCUUGGAGCAAACAAAGCAUCAAGAAGAAAGGUUGGUACAGGCUGGAAACCAGCGAGGACAUGCUCGAGGAGCCCGGGUUUGUGUCCUACGCCGCCGCAGAUGCCUGGGGAACUCUUGUUGCAUAUGAACAGUUGACAGGGCAAGCACCUUCAAAACGAGCCAGAAUGUGCUAG